AUGCCAUCACGCUUUACCUUACCCCUACCCCAGCCUCUGCCCCGCCCAGUUCGUCGCCGUCGCCCAAUCGUCCCUAGCUCCCUUCCGCCUGAUGUCGAGACAACGAACACGGUCAGCGACACUAUGACAGCGGUCCGGGCUCCGAUCGAAGCUGAGGACCCCACUACCCCGCUCACGCCAGAGAGGCAUGCCUACAACAUCCCACACAUCCUCGAGGCCAUUGUCAGCUACACCGACCAUAACACCAGGGUGACGCUCCUCCGUACCCGCAAAGAGCUGCACCGCCUUGCUGCCCCCUACAUCUACCGUCACCUCUCUAUCGGCGAGGACACAGGCCGUUUCUUUGGCAUGUUGAAGGGCAUCAUGGUCGGCGCCCCGUUCCAAGGGAAUGUGCCUUCGCACUAUGUCGAUUGCUGCAGGUUAAUCAACGGCAUGUUUGAUGGCCAGCCGAUUCAUUGUCCCAAGGGUUUGGGGGACCUUCCUUUCAAAGAAGCAGAGCGCCUGGGAUUCGAUGUCACCUUCGGUACCAAGGACAGCCAUUUCGAGCCCUACCGCACCAACUUCAAGCGCCCCCUUCUCGAAUACACCGAGACCCUCACAAUCGGCACCCACCACUCAUGCUCGUGCGCCAUUUUUGCCGAGUACCUCGGCGACCUGUUCCCAAACAUCAAGAUUCUUCGAGUGGCACCGACGAAUCACUCCACCCCACUGCCUGAGCUGUGCUGCCAACGCCGCAUAGCCUGCCCCAAGGCUGACAUCACCCCGUGUCCUCUCCUUACCAAAUUAAAGCCCCACAAGAUCGUUCUACGCAAUGUCGAUGACCGAGGGUUCUGCUUCCCAAACGACUUCCUCUGGGAUGUCAAGGAUGUGGAAGUGGUCAUUUUCCUCCAGGUCAAUGAUGGAGAGUUCUCGAAUCCCAUUCGCCUGUUCCUAUGCCUCACUGCCCACUUCCCUUCUAUUGCAGAAGUCAAGGUUGUGUUCAUGGGCCAGCAUGAGGGGCAGGCAGAUAACGUGGGUCAGCGACAACCGGCCGGCAACCGGCUCGUUGGGGCGGAUGAGGUCAUCGGUGCCCUCAACUCCUUGGCACUAGGCUUCGACGACCCUGAAGCAAUUUAUCGUCGGGCGGGACUGGGGGUCGAGUUGUGCGGGAGGUGA